AGAGCAGUCGUGGACGCGCCAAGGGUCAUUUUCGGUAGGCUUCUUGCCCACGGAUUCACCUCCCCGCGGUUCACCUCGCGCGCACUGGCCUCCUCGCAAAUUAUUUCAAAAAAACUGAAGGGCAAUUUGCGGUAAAUUCCCAGGCUCUUCGAUACGGGGUAGUGUGGCGUAGGCUGUCUACCAGCCGUAGGAAUAAGAACGUGAAAAUUUGGUGAUACGGAGUCCACGGUUACUUUCGUCUUAAGGCAAAAAUGAUGGGCCUUUGAAGAAAAGUUUUGUUUGAAUGGAAAAACGAAAGUGUGAAUAUGCAACUGAGAUAGCUGGUGUACUGGAUAACUGAACGGCGAAACGAGCGAUCAAUUAUUUUCAAGUGAAAAAUUGGAAUAUCGAAGAAGAAAAAAAGAAGCAGUGCACGGAAAUCGAGUGGAACAACGUUUCUUACAUCAUAGGGUUCGAAAUUAGCUAAAUAACUAAAAACCAUCGACAAGAUGAGACGGUCUCGCCGUGGACGCUACUGGCACAUGGGAAUCGUUUUCCUAAUAUACUCCAGCUAUCGGGCAUACUCGGCAUCCACCACCGGUGGGAGCACCGGGUCCGAUUUUGAUGACCGAGAACUAUCGACCGGACUGCCGCCAAAUGUUUCACCGAAUCCGCUCUACUUCACAACCGCCGAGAGUGGUGACUUCGAGGAGGAAUCAACCACGGAACCAACCGCCAAAGAGGAAAAGAUACACCAUGGCCAUCCGACGUGGCGACCGCGGCGUGAAAAUUGUACGCCCCCGGCAAUCGAACAGUUCCCCCGCCCCCUGAUGGGGCCGAACGUACGCCGCCACGGUGGGCUGGUGAUUCACGUCCUAGUCGCAGUGUUCACCUUCCUGGGGUUGGCCAUCGUGUGCGACGAUUACUUCGUUUCCAGCUUAGAUAGAAUCUGUGAAGAAUUGAAACUUUCACCCGAUGUGGCCGGAGCCACCUUCAUGGCAGCCGGCAGUUCGGCUCCCGAGCUGGCGACUGUCGUAAUAGGUGUAUUCUUCGCAAAGGACGACAUCGGUAUCAGUGGCGUCAUCGGUUCAGCUGUUUUCAACAUCAUGUUUGUGAUUUCGGUCUGUGCGCUCAGCUCCGGAACCGUGUUGCAGCUGAACUGGUGGCCUUUGGUGCGAGAUUGUACCUUCUAUUCGAUCUCAAUCCUCGUGAUGCUGGCAGUAAUUGUCAAUGAUGUCAUCUCUUGGGUGGAAGCGCUUAUCAUGUUGCUAUUCUACGUCGUUUACUGCGUCGCACUGCACUUCAACACUGCACUGGAGAAAUGGGCUCAUACUUUGAAUCUUCCCAUCAAACUUCCAACGAAAGAGGAACAAUCGGCUCUGGUUACCUACAAGAAUCUUCCAGACACGACCUACACCCAAGGGCAGCCCGGCAUCGAGCAGCAGGCCCAGGUACAACCGGAACCACAGCAACAGCAGCAGCAAGCCGAUCAAGGAUAUAUGGAUCCGAACGCAAGCUGGGAUCCAAAUGCGGCCUGGGAUGGAUCGGCUUCCGCGGCUGCUGCUCCGAACAAUGCCUACGCUACGAACACAUACGAUCCGAACGCUGCCUGGGGAAGUGGACAGCAAAACUAUGGCUAUGAGGAUCAGUACGGGCAGGAACAACCAAAACCACAGCAGCAGCAGGUAGCUGCGGUUCCAGCGGCGCAAACUACAACCGUCACAACCGGUGCCAUCCAGCCGACUGCUGACGAAUACUACAAACCGAAGGAACCCAGACAGCAGUCUGCGAAAAAUCCUCUGGAAAAACCCGUAGAUGGUGGUAUCCUGGCACAAAUAUCCUGGGCCAUCGUCUAUCCUAUUCACUACACUGCACGUCUCACCGUGCCCGAUUGCAAAACGGAAAAAUAUAAAAAUUGGUAUCCAUUCACCUUCCUGAUCUCCAUGAUUUGGAUCUCAUUCUACUCAUACUUCAUGGUGUGGAUGAUAACGAUUAUCGGCUCGACCCUCGGCAUCCCUGAUACCGUCAUGGGACUAACGUUCGUAGCAGCCGGAGUUUCCGUCCCGGACGCGCUUAGUUCCAUCGCGGUCAUCAAGGAAGGUUACGGCGAUAUGGCCGUCUCCAAUGCCGUCGGUUCCAACGUCUUCGACAUUCUCAUCUGUCUCGGUUUGCCCUGGUUCAUACAGACGGCAAUCAUCAAACCGGGCUCCCAUGUUAAUGUCAUCAGCAAGGGCCUAAUCUACUCCACGCUGUCGUUAUUGUCCACCGUAGUUUUCCUCCUGUUUGCGACCCACCUGAACGGCUGGAAACUGGACAAACGUCUCGGAAUCGUUCUGAUGAUUUGGUACCUGUUCUUUAUAACCGUCGCCUCACUGUACGAGCUGAACUUCUUCGGUCAACUCAACCCGCCCGAAUGUCCGAGUCUCUACUAAACCGCUUACCGUUUGGUUUCCACUCGCCAACUUUCCGUUAACCCUGCACCUCCCACAUUCAUGCACCCCAGUUUGCGAUGACCCCUCAAAGCGACACUCAGAGCAAAAUAAGAAGACUUCACAGAGAAAAAUACGGAGAUAUUAAUCUAGUCACAUUUAGUGUUUUAUUCUAUUUUUCUAGGAAAUUAUUAACCAUCAAUCGUUACCUCGUGGGUACAAAGUACGAUUAACGGUAUGUCCAAUCUCGCAGUAUAGCUUUUACGUUUCCUUUUCCUACAACCAUGUCUUCAAUCGGUAACUAGCCAGAUAACGUUUAUGUCGUUCCAUUAGCUGAAAUCUUUGCAACUGAUUGCUCUUCCUUUAAGGACCAAACCUGUUAUGUUAUAGUACGGUUGUCCAGAACACAGCCGAUCACCAAUAUGCACUGUUGUUUUGAAUUGAACACCUUUCACCUUAUUGUUUUGUUACGGUUCACGAGCAUUAUAGAGUUAGCAGUUAGCGGAAAUGAAAAAAAAGGUAAACAAACGCCGAAUGCUUCUGCGAUACACCACCGAUCGAAGGAGGCAGGCAGCGAAAUCGUUGAUGUUUACUAGGUUUCUUUCACACGUUUUAAUUUGUACAUACACCGUACUGUUCACAUGGUAUAAUAAAACUUUAAAUCAGAGUCGGUUAGAUUCUCUCUUCUGUUUUGUAUUCAAUUGUAGUUUUUCAAGUAAGUAGCAUUUAACAGUAGCUUAUAUGUUCCCUGUCACAGCACAUAUUUGCUGAUCGGUAAAUAAUGCUGACGUUUCCCGCGCAUGUAAAAUACUAUAUUGAAAACGACAAUACUUUUGUGUAGAUUUAAUAUAAGUUCUAAGCCGUUGUCUACUAAUAAUAGAAGUUAUACUUUUGAUAUUCGCUUGUGUUUUAUUUAUUUUACUAUAGGUGAUUACGACUCUGAUUUAAUCAAUAUCCAAAAAAAAACGAGGAACGUUUCGUAGCCUCAAUCAUAGGUAAACAUACAACUAGUGAACCCAAAACAGCGAAAAUUGAACAAAAUGCAGAGAAGUUUUACAUUGAAUAGAUAAAACAAAAUAUAUUUACCAAAGGCAAAUGAAAACGGCACUUCAAGUAUCUUACGAGAAUAAUUAUCUUACCUAGAUCGUUAACAUUCCUCUCCAUUGUUAAGCAAACUGAACUUAUUUACCUUAAUUAGAACAAACCUUUACAACAACAACAAAAAAUCAAAGUCAAUCGUAUCAAUGUCAAUGUUAUAUUUACAUGCAGCCCUACUAUCUUAAUCUAGCUGUCGCUUGUUUUAUACAUAUAUCGUUUGUGAAACACACACACACAUCCACAUAAAAAAGGCUUUAAACAAAAGAAUGCGUUGUACCGAAAUGCCAGUAGGUCGAAAUCCUAGUGUUCAGAUAAGCUUCGAAGAGCGCAAUUUUCGCAUUAACAACACUCUACAAAGCGUUUCUAGUUCGUUCUCUUAGGACAAAAUAGUGACUAUAAAUAGUUUGAUUACAUUUGAUUACGUACUGAUUCUGUUGAUUGGUUCAUUGAUUGAUGACGACGCGAUGCACCGGUUCACCUGCUUAAUCUUCAAACCGAAAAUGGACGAAAAGUUCUUCGCGCCCAAAACGAAACAACAAAAAAAUACAUCCAUUUCUACACACAGGUUUUAAGCGUCUAAUGGCUGAAUCAAUCACACAUUCACACACAGACACACAUGGAGCGUAACUAACUUGUGCGAUACAUUUCGGUAGAAAAUUGUAUUAAAUUUAAGACUGUACAUAGAACAGAAAUAUUCAGUAUUAAUAAUAAAUAGAAUUCAGCGGAAGUGGACAGUAGCGAUAUUUUAUUAUACAAAAAAAAAGCUAUGCACCAUCAUUAGUACCAAAGCGGAAGCAGAAGAAUAACGGCACCCCCCGCAUUAUUAUCAACCAAAACAACAGUUGGCGGCCCAAUAACCUUUACAGCCUAGGCUCUCGCUAGAACUAAACAAAUCCUCUUUGACAAUAGAUGUCUACAACGAAAAGAAAUAGCAUAUUUAUUCUUUCUUUCGUGAAAAAAAAACUUUAAACUGUUCCACUUAAGGGCAAAGUAUACACUAGAAAUUACCAAUGCCCUGAAGCGAUUCCUCUAUAAUACUCUAGAUAUACCUAAUUGUCAAUUUGGAGUUUUUAUGAAAAACCCUAGAUUCAACUUGAAAGGUACUAAGCAUAACCACAGUGUAGCCAAACUAACAUCAAAAGAAUCCAACGUGAAACGAAGUUAAGUGUCAUUUUUUAUUUUGUGUAGUAGAAACAUACAUCGCAAAACAAAAAAUUCCGAGCACUUGUGUACUCGUUUGCGCAUACCUAUUAUGUCCUAAGCUAGAGCAAAACAAAACAAACAAACAAAAUACAAGAGUAAAUAAACAACUGCACAACAAAUAAUAACAGCAACAGCACUCAUACCUACCGGAAGAUCGUGUAUAUUAUGAAUGCUAAGAUUAGGAAUAGCAAGGAGAAAUAGAUCUCGAAGAAAAGGCGACAGAAAUAAUCAAGCUUAAUAUGUGUUAGAAUGGUGAGAACAAUAUAUAGUAUAAGCCAACUGUAACGUGAACAACAACCAAAAAAUACGCUGAGAGAAAUCUCCUUGCACCCUGCAGUUAUCUGUGACCCGGCACCGAAUACACCUACACUCACACAUAUAUAUGCGUACGAAAAAAAGCAAGCCAAUGACAAACUUAAACAUACACAUAAACACACCCAGCCAACAUCCAAACCAAAUAAAAUUACAAAAAGACAUUAAAAACAAAAAAAAACAAAGAAUGAAAAUGCUCAUAAUAACAUGAGAUGUUAAUUGUUGAGAAGUUAAAUAAAAAUGUAUUGAAAAGCCAAA